UUGGAGGGUGGGGAGGGGAUGGAGCCAGAUGGGUAUUUGUUUCCGGGACGAUAGCAGCUGGUGUCUACGAGUCCAAGCAACCACUCUUUCCUGUGGACUCAGAGCCCCAGCUGGGUUGGGACACAGUGCCGGAACCUGGCACACCCUGCCCUGAAGGCGCUCCCAGGCUGCUGUGAGCAUGGCAGAGGCUCCCGUUGACCUGAGCACAGGAGACAAUCUGGAGCAAAAGAUCCUGCAGGUGUUGGGCGAUGCCGGCGGCCCUGUGAGGACUGGCCAGCUGCAGAAGAAAUGCCAAGUACCCAAGAGAACCCUCAAUCAAGUCCUUUACCGCCUGAAGAGGGAGGGCAGAGUUUCCUCCUCAGCCCCUGCGACGUGGUGCUUGGGCGGAGGCGAUGCUUCCGGAGAAGGGGCUCCUGCAAUCCCUGAGGACGCCACCGCCCAGCCUAGCCUUGAUGAAAAAAUAUUAAAACUCCUGGAGGCACAGGGGCCCCAGAGGGCUCUGCAUAUCGCCAAGGCUCUGGGAAUGACGACGGCCAAAGAAGUGAACCCGCUCCUGUACUCCAUGAGGAGUAAGCACCUUCUGAGUUAUGACAGACAGACGUGGAGCAUCUACCGCUCAGGUCAGGAAGGCCAAAAGAUAGCUCAGCCUGGAGUCAGACAAGAGUCCCCCCAGAUUAUUUAUCAGCAAAAUCCCAUCAACAUGAUCUGCCAGCAAGGGGCCAACAGCCAGAUCUCCAUUGUCAAGUCCGAAGAUAUCCAGAUUGGCCACGGCAAUGUGAUGUUAAGGCAGAUAACCUGUGGCGAGUCAGCAGGACGUGGUGAGAGAGUCCUGCAGUCCUCUGCCCUGAACCCAUUUCUGUCUCUCAAAUUAUGUCAUGAAAAGUUGGGGUCAUCUUACACUCAGUGGCUUAUCUACAUAUGGUCUCUCACUGAACCUGAAGCAAGACUUGCAGACAGUCCCCGGACCCCUCAUCAUGUCCCUCUACCUGUGCCAGAGGACGGUUCCGCUCAGGCCACGCCUCCUGGUGCCCACGGAGCUCAGCACAUCCACAUGGACAAGACCAUACUCCGACGCGUGCAGCUCGGCCACGGCAACGAGAUGAGCCUCGUGGGGGACCCAGGGAAACACGCCGCUUAUAGCUUUUCUGGCAGCCCCCCAGUGUCAACCACCACUGCCGACCCAGAGACUUCAUUCCACAUGCAAACACCUGAGCCAGGCCCUCACCCUGAGGGAGACACAGACCAGACAGUCCACAUCAAAUCCUGCCUGCUCGAGGACGCCGCCAUCGGUAACAGCAACAAGAUGACCAUCCACCCUAGGUCAGAGGGUGGAGUCGUGGUGUCUGGGGAGAGCAAAGAGACGAAGGAAGAGACAGGUGUAAAAAUGGCGGGUGCCAAGGCCCUGAGAGAGACGAGAAGUGGCACAAGGCGGGAGUCUGGAAGCAGGAGGGGCUCAGGAGUCCAAGGCCUCGGUUCAAGCUCUGAAGCCACGCCACCCAGAAGCUGCCUGCACACACCCAGUGACUCCAUGCUGCCCACCUCUGAGCUGAGAGGUAUGGCUCUGUCAGACAGCAGCCCCCAGACCACAGAACCUGUGCUUAGAGAGGGUGAAGUCCAGGACACAGAAAGCCUUCAGACACAGGACUGAGAAAGCAAUGGAGUUGUGGGACCAGAGGCUGAUCCCUCUGCUACCAUGAGCCAAACAACCUUCCCUGCCUCAAAAUAACCAACCAACCAUAUGAGCCAGUUCUGCCACUCCCGGGUGCCCGCCAGAGGGAAAAGUCAACACAGAGAGAGCUCUGCACAUCCCUGUAGACUAUGGUCCUGUUCCCAGCAGCUAAUAAAUGGAACCGACCUUGCUGCCCAGCAGUAAAAGAAUUGGGUGAAUUGGAGUGUGCACACAGCCAGGAAAAAUACUGAGGUUGUCACUGGCUGGAAGAGGAUGCGACAAGAGAUCACAUGUUAAAUGAAUGAAAGCCAUCUUAGAAAGACAAGGGCCACAUUUUCUCUUUUGCGGCUCCUAGACUUUAGAGUCAUAAAAUCAUAUGCACAGUUGUGACAUGAAAGUACAUGUGACAUUCCCAGCCAGGGAAUGAAGGGACCAAAGGAGGAUGGGGAGGAGAGGCGGCAUCACAGCCGAGGGGUCUAAAGGCCAAGAGGGAUCACGAUCGAUCAAUCGAUCGAUUGAUCGAGUAGGGGUCAGG